AAUCCAUCCAAUACACAAAAAUUCUCUCUAGGGUUCUUCUUCACUGUUGUGGUGUAUAUUGAUGAUUGAUUGUAGCAGAGACAACAUAGGCAUGGAAACAAGGGAAACAAGGGACACUGAAGAAGAAGACCGGAUCAGCAACUUACCAGACUCGCUUCUCAUUCACAUUCUCUCUUUCCUUGAGACAAGAUAUGCAAUAAGAUGUAGUAUUCUAUCAACAAAAUGGAGAAACCUCUGGGCUUCUGUUCCCAAUCUCAUCUUCCACAUAGACUCACAUUCCAAUCGAUAUUUUGAUUUCAUUGACAGAGUACUCCUCGUCCACGACUUGCCUCAGAUUCUCAGCUUUACUUUCACUGGUAAGUCCUGGGUUGAUAUCGAACCCAACCGUUUCAACUCUUGGAUUUGCGCUGCGAUUAAACGACGUGUUCGAGACAUUCAUGUCGACUUCUCUAAUGAGUUUCGUAUUCAAUCCCUUAACUUUCCUCGUAGUUUCUUCUCUUGCGAAACCCUCGUUAAUUUGACCCUAGGGUUUGAAGCCUGUAUUAUUUCCAAUCUCCCGAACUCGACUUAUUUUCCAAAUCUCAAAUCUCUCAAAAUCUGUGUUGCCCAUCCCAAUGACAGUUUAACACCAACUCUCUUUUCUUGCUGCCCUCUUCUUGAAAUUCUGUAUUUACGUGUAAGGCUUGAAUGGACAGUGCACAAACAAGUGGUUUUCAAUAUCUCCACACAAUCUCUGAGAGUUUUUAGAUUGUAUUUGAACAAGGCAUGUUCAAGUCCAUUCGAUUGUGGUUUAAAGCACAAGGUUGUGAUUGAUGCGCCACUUCUCGAAGACAUUCUUCUUGAUGAUAACUUCAUGGCUUGCUAUUCAAUAAACAACCUAUCAUCUUCAUUGGAGAUAGCACAUGUUGAUGUUGGACUACAACACAUUUAUGCAAAACUUAUGGAAUGUGAUUGUGCUAAUCGGGCACUUGAACUUGUUAGAGGAAUCUCACAAGCUAAGUCCCUCCAUUUAUCUUUCAAUACUUUACAAGUUCUUGGCUGUGCUGAAGAUAUUGGUCAACUUACUCUUUGGAAUUUGACCCGUUUGGAAUUGGGUGUUAUUUAUUUGUCAAAGGUGAUGCUGGACUUACUUUCAAAGAUGCCUAAUCUAGAAUCUUUGAAGCUAAUAAUGGAUUAUGAGUGCUAUUAUGGGAAUGAUGAAGAAAAGGAGUUCUAUAGGAUUCAAUGGCAUGCUGUGCCUUGCUGUUUGUUAUCACACCUGAAAGUGAUUGAAAUAUAUAACUUCAGAGGAAGGGAAAAUGAUCUGCUAUUGGUUGAGUAUUUUCUUAAGAAUGCAAAGGUAUUGAAUAAGAUGGCAAUUAAGAAUCGAAAUUCAUAUUGUUUUGUCAAUGUGGAAGUGUUAAAGAGAAUACCAAUGUUCCCUCGGGGUUCUGAGACAUGUGAGAUUGAAAUCGAAGAUUUAAUUUCCAAUCUUCCAAAGGAUCACAUUUGCAGGCACGAAACGAACAAGGAAAGCUUGGUGGAAUUUGAGGUCAAUGAUUUUGUUUGGGCUAUCCUCACAGAAGAUAGGUUCCCAACAAGCGAGUACAACAAAUUGGCAAUUCGAAAAAUUGGACCAUUAGAGGUUGUGGAGAAAAUCAACUCAAAUGCUUAUAGGUUGAAGCUUCCCAGUCACAUUCGUAUUUCCGAUGUGUUCAAUAUUAAACAUCUCAAUCGAUACCAUGAAGACAGUUAUGAUGAAGACCCUAUGAACUCAAGGGAAAAUUCUCUCCACCCUAGGGAUGAUGAUGCAAUACGCUUAGCGGAGAAGUACAUGGCUACCCGAGACCAUCGAAAGGCCCAAUAAGGCUGACUGGGCAAAUAUGUCGAGAUUAUUUCAACUCUGAUCUUAGACAAAGUUUAAAGACACAUUUUCUGAAAAGCUCCUCACAAGAUCUACAGAUUCAAUGACAAAAGCCAACAACCUUGUCAAAUUAAUGUUGGAUUAUGAGGAAGAAGUGAAGUGCAGUAGGAUUCUCGCUAUUUACUAUCACAUCUGAAAGUAAUUGAAGUAGAUGACUUUGAAGAAAUGGAACAUGAGCUACAAAUUGGUCGAGUAUUUUCUUAAGAAUGCAAAUAUAUUGAAUAACAUGGAAAUUGGGCAUUGGAAUUCAUUAUGCGAUUUGGAUAGCUCAAAUAGUACACUGCUGAAGUUGCACUUGGAUUGUCUAACACUAGGUUAGGCAGCUUAAGUCUUUGUUCUGUUCUCGGGUUGUGUGUGUCGUAGUGGUGUGUUUGGUUUGUAAGGGUUUUAUUUAUUCUAGAGGGUUGAUGGGUUUUUUUAUUGUUAGCAGUGGUUGAUGUUUGGUGUUUGUCCUGCUUGGGUGGAGGUCCUGUUUGGGUGUUUGUCCUGUUUGGGUUUGCAGUGGUUGGGUUGGUGUGUUAGGGGAUUUGGGUUCGGUGUUUGGUGUUAAGUUCUUCUUAAUCCUUUUUAUUUUUUUGUUUAAUCUUUUAUAUCGUGAUGCCAAGGGGUUGGUUAGAUGGUUGCGAGUAGCAGUAGUAGGGGUAGUCUGUAUUAUCUCGAAUCUCUCUCAAUUUCUGUCUUCUUUCUGUACCUUUAAUUUCAUGCUUUUUAAUGAAAUUUUCUUUGCUGAUAAAAAAAAAAGUCUUUGUUCUGUUCUACU